AUGUCUUCCUCAUUCUUCAGCGGCAUGGAUACCGAGACACGGAAGCUGUUCUUCACGCUGCAGCAGGAGGAUCUCGAAGACAUACGUACAGGCGAUCCUGGCAAGGAGAUCGCUAGAAAGCCCUCGGACUCCCAGAUAGCCUUUCGCCUGUACGAAUCAGAGUUGAGAUCACUCUCUACUUCCUUCUCCGAGUACACGUCGACCAUACGUCAGUCCCACAGAAGUUUCACCGAGACUCACAGUCUUGUCAACCAAGAGUUGGGUGUGAUACCAGCACCGGGGAACAAGAGGAAGUUUCAACAGACAAAUGAAGACGAGGUCAGGCCUUCGAUUGAAUAUGCGGCUAGAACGGUUAUCGACUUGACGUUAGACUCGUUUUCCCCCUCGGCCUCACCUGAGCCCGACCUAUCCUUCAGUGAUGACGAUAUUCAAGAAGAACAAAACACUUGCGUGGCAUGUUUUAUCGUCAUAGGGGAAGAAGAAACCUUUCACGCCCAGUGCGACCACGAUUACUGCCUCGACUGCAUAGGCGAACUAUUCAAAGCUUGUCUCACUGGCGAGUUUCAAUUCCCCCCCAGAUGCUGUGGAGAGCCUAUCCCAAUAGACGUCGACUACGAUGCUGUUCCUGCAAAACUCAUGAAGAAGGUCAGAGACAAAGCGAUUGAGCUCACUACUCUUGACAGAACCUACUGUCGCCAGCCGACUUGCUCAACCUUUAUUCCCAAGGAAAGCAUCAAGAAUGAUGUGGCAAGCUGCCCUGAAUGUCGGGAAACAACGUGCAUUUUUUGCAAGGGUGCUGAGCAUGCAGACUAUGCCUGCAAUGAGGAUGAAGCAACUCAGGAACUUCUCAAGCUGGCCGAGAAGAACUCAUGGAAGAGAUGCCCUACAUGCCGUGCACUGGUGGAGCGAUACGACGGAUGUCUUCACAUGAUUUUGCUAUCGAUGCGGAGGGGCGUGGGCAGAACCCCACGACUGUAUCUGAUGCGGGCCAUGGAAUCCGACACUCUUCUGAUGAAAGAUUUUGAAGAUGAAGGGCAUGGUUGCCAUGACCGUUCGAGAGAUUAG